AUGAAGCAGGACCUGUCCACGGCGGCCCCCUCACUUGCCAGCCUGGAGGAAGACUCCAUGACAGUGGACGCUCGGGACAAGAGGACGGAGGAGUCACUGGGCUCCCAAGAGGAGCCGCAGCCCAAGUGGGCCAAGGGGGAGGCCAAAGGCGACUCCCAACUGACGGGAAAAGGGCCGAGGACCCCGGAGGUGAACCCUGGCCCGGACGCUACAGCCCCGACAACCCCGAAACCGGCAACCGAGGAGGCCAAGACAAGUUGGUCCGGCAAUGGUGGCUGGGGAAGAGGCCAGUGGAACCGCAACUGGGGCAGACAGACUCCACAGCAGUCGCGCAGCAACCGCGACGGGGACGGGGCCUUGCGGGACCUAGUCACAGCUGUGGCCCGGCUAAGCCUCCGACACGAGGACCAGCACGCCAUCGUCGGUCUCGACCUGGACUUCAUGUUUUUCCUUCAAUCCAGCAAGUCUGGCAACAGCAGAUCAGUGACCGAUGCUCUCUUCAAGACGGCACAGGAUUGGGAUCGCCAGAAAUCAGAGGA